AUGCCAAACGAAUACCACUUUGAAGCCAUUUUACAAACUGGAGAUGUGAGCAAGUACUAUCCUUGCAAAGAAUGCAAACAGCAGACAUUUUUGGAUACAAUUGAAAUAAUUGAGUGCAUUACCACAUCAUCGCUGAGAUAUUCAACUGUCAAAAACGUUUCAGCCAUUCCAAUAUUGGAACAGGAAAAUGCAUCAAUGGGCCACCUGGUGAUAUCACCUAGUCAAUUACAACCCCUAGAAGAAAAAAACAGUCUGAUGCUUUGCCUAAUGGCAUCGGUAGAAAAUGAAAAUCGUGGGCCAGUGUGUGGCCACAAUGACGAUGUCACCCUAGGGGAGAAUGAAUCUGUUGGGCGUUUAGUUGGAACUAAACCGAAAGAUUACGAGGAAUCCCUCUACAUCCCGAGGCGAGUGAAAUUUGCAUUUGGCAAAUCGCGCAAAUCGUGCCCUUUGCACAAAUGUUUUAUAGCUGAUCUAGCCAAGCGUUUGGAAUGUCCUGAGGAAAAACUAAGCGGGGAAUGCAGAAUCAGUUUGCAGGGCCAAAUCGAGUGGUUGGGCGAUACUAAUCUCAAACGCCGCAAUAAAAUUUGGGAAAACAUAGCACAAAUGAACGACCAAACGUCAGGCGAAAUUGAAGAAGAGAGCCAUUUGAUUGAGUUUGACGAGCGCUGCAAAAAAAUUUGGAAAACCAUAACAGAAAUAAUCGAUUCAGCGCCAGGCGUAAUUUAUGACGAGAGCCAUUUGAUUUGGUGUGAGGAGAAGCUGAAUGAGCAUCCAGUUGUCAUCAUAUGUGGAGUGGCUGGAACAGGCAAAUCGACUCUCCUCUCCCACUACUACAGUGAAAUAAAGAAGAAGAAACCUGACUGUUGGGUUAUCAGAUUGAAUUUAGUUGAACAUGCUGACGCCAUAUUGAAACUCGAUAGAAGCACACCUGAUUUGAUUGGAUUUCUCAUCGAUGAUAUGCACGUCAUCGACAGUAAAAGCCCGUUUUCUCGCUCGUUGCUGAACGACCGGUACGAUACGGGCAAGCUGAUCGUUUUCAUGUUCGAUGGCUACGAUGAAAUCGGUGAAGAAUGCCAAGAAAUUGUGAUCCAAAUGAUGAAGUCCAUUCAAAAGAAGGGCAUUCAAUUGUACGUCACUACCCGCUCCCACAUGGCCCACCAUCUGCAAUACGAAUUGUGUCAGUUGGCUUAUUAUUUGGAAAAUUUCAACAAAGAGGACCAGAUCAGUUGCCUGGCCAAGUAUUGGAAGAAAGAAUUGAAACUGGAAGAUAGAAAGAUCGAGGAAUUUGCAGAAUUGCUAGUGGAUCGGGUAUCGGAUACUCUGAAAGACGAAGAAAGAGCCUUCAUCGGAAUCCCUUUGCAAUGCAGAAUUCUCGCCGAAUGCUACCAGCAAAAUGUUGACGAUGUUGUGCGAAGCAAUGCUGAAAAUGAAGUAACUCGACAAUCUGGUGAAUUGGCAUCCCAAAAACUGUUGGCGUUACUUGACGAUCAGCAAUUCGAUUUAGUUAGUCUGUACAGCAAAUUGAUGGGAAAAAAACGCAAUAUAUUUCUAUUGGAAAAAACCAACACUUCCAAAUCCGAUGAUAUAAAGGAUGACGCUAUUACGAUUUUGCUGAAGAAAAUCGAGUCUCGUCUAACUAAAUGGGCAGUGGAAACCAUCAUCACUAAACCAAAUAUCCUUGAAAUGUUUUGGCCAGCGAAAAUUUCGCACAAAUCCAGCGAUGAUGUGGCUCAUGUAGAAAGUGUUCUUGCGAAAAACGCGCUGAAAUUUGGGUUAACGUUUUCGAAUGGAGAUGGAAUGCGACCUCAGUUCUUGCACCGGACUUUUGCCGAAUAUUUAGUCGCCAAAUAUCUUUACAAAGGAUUUCAUCCCGAUGACAACCGUCACAACAAACUGCUGGAAAAUGAAUCCAUUCGAAAAUUGAUUGUGAACAAAAUCUUGGCCUCCAAGGAAUACGACGGAGUUCAAGUGUUUUUCGAUGGCAUGGUGAAGACUUUGGUCGAUGAGAAUGAAGAAUGGAGUAAGAAAAUUAAUGAUCGUAAAUUACCGGAUCGAUUCACGAAGAUGAUGACACACGAGAGCGAGGACGUCCAACCUUACUUUGAGAAGGCCAUCCAUUUUUCUAUUUUGAAUUGGAAAGGCAACAUAUUCCGAUUGUUUUGUGACUGUCUUGAUGCCACAUUCGAAAAACAUCAAGUUUCUCAAUUUGUAAUGAGGUCCUUAAUCGGAUGGUCACCCGAUUUUUAUUCGCGCACUUUUUUUGAAGAAAGCAAGUUCUUUAAACGAUUCAUCAAUUAUUUCGGCAUCGAUCCACGCGACCAGAAUGUGUUUCUUACAGAUGACUACCGUACGUCUAUGACUAUAGAACGUCUUGUUGGACAUAUGUUCCCAGAUAGUGUUUUUCAGUUAAAGAAAAACCGGGACGGGCACCUGGAAACGUUGGAUGACCUUCUUGAGUUUUUGGAUCAACGGAAUGUGGCUUUCGAUAAAUAUCUCCGUCGUCUGGAGUCCUCUGAAGAUGACCGAAUCAAAAAUGCUUUGUUAUAUUUGAUUUGUCACGACAAAUAUCGUAGUAAUCUGAAAAGAUUUCUCGCGCUUUUGUCCAAAUCGGAAGCUUAUUCGGACGAUACGAAGUUCGCCAACUUGUUAAUUAUAGUUUUCCAGUCUGAAAAACAACUGAUGACUGGGCGAAUUGCCGAAACCCUGACUAUUUUAGACGGACUAGGUCGGUCUAGUCUUCUCGUUCAACUUACCGGCGAAGUUUUAUCAAAAGAUCCGGAAGCAUUUCAGAAUAUUUACCAACCGUGUCGACUAGCAGAAGAGGACGCCAUCCCGACGAAACUCGCCAUCCUAUUGGAAAGGGAUUCUUAUGACAUGACUCUUCUUCAUCGAGCAGCGUUCUACGGAGACGUCAACAUAGUCGAGCAAAUAUUAGCAAGAUUUCGCCAGCUGAAACUCAGAAAAUUUAAAAAAGCAGUGCCCAAGGUGAUGCUUCAAGGUUUCACUCCGUUUUACUUUGCCAUGGUUAAAAAUCACAAGGAAGUCUGUUCCAAACUGUUGGCCUUUGUCAAAGACAUAUUUCCCAACGCAGUGACGGGCGAGUUAACCGAGUUAAACAGAUCCAUUCGCCAGUCACUUGAUCACGCCAUGAAAUCGGAAAAUGUAGAAAUGUUUCAACUGAUAUUGAACGUCGUCAAGAAAGAAUUAGGACAUGCUUGUCUCCUUCACCUGGUAACAACCACAUCUACAUUUCCUGGAGAUUCUAUUUUCGAUUACUGCAGGUCGAAAAAAUUAUUCAACGCCAUGGUGAAGAUCAUCGUCAAUCGAGACGACGUUGUAGACUACAAAUGUUUGCAUGACCUGAUUUUCAACAAAUACAGAAGAGCAAAGAGUGCUUUAGAACGCAUUGAUGCCGAAAAUCUGCAGGGGUUGUUAUCAGUAGAAGGCGCUGGUCCCUUUACCAAGCGUUUUAUUACGGGUGACCUAGAGGGGGAUUUCGUUUUUUUGUCAAGUCAUCUGUUAGAGAAUUUUGACAAAACACAACUCUUGGAUUUCGUGCAAACGAUUACCAUUCACGCCGAACGAGCUGAGCUGAGGAGCAGCAUUUGGGUAGUCAUCCUAGGAUCGAAAUCCACUUAUUUACCUGGAUGGGAACUGGGUGCAAGGCAAGUCGGAGCCAUUGUAAAGUGUUUGACUUGCGUAUCGAAUAAACUCGGAGGUGAUUGCGCUAAAGAAUUGUUGCUCCACAAAGACGAUCGUGGCUACGUUGUUCGUCAUCUGUCGCCAAAAACCGUUAAACUCAUGUUGAAUUGUUUACCAGAGAAAAACCAAGAGGAAAUUAAAAAGGAGUGGAAGGAAAAGGUUUCGCCAAUGACACACGACACGUUCAUCAAAGAGGACUCUAAGGUUUACGGGGAUAGCCGGCAUAUCGCCUUACAUUACAGUGAUAUUUUCCUAUUUUACUUGGUUUAUGGCAGUGAAAUGCAACUCAGCAAUUGCGUCGAUAUUCUCACAUCGACUUGUUUGAUUGGCAGAAAACAGCGCAGUCUAUGGAGUUACAUCUUUAAAUAUUGUCCGGAAACGAAGACGAACGAAAUAUUGAAAUCUGUUUCGCAAAUUUUCGGUUGGGAGGCCGUGCUGUUGUUGCUGAACCACGAAAUGGAUGGAUCUCCUCUCUUACUGAAAGCUUUGUUGAGGGGAAAUGACAUUGACGGACGGCUGGAUGUGUUACCAGUAGAAAAACGAAAUGACAUUCAACUAGAUAUUGAACAAAAAGCUGCCGAUUUCAUUGAUGAAUUGUUUCUCCAUCCCGAGACCUAUUUCAACGUACUGGAUGGACCACGUUUCAAACGACUAACCCUUUUAAAAUUUGUAAUCGAUUACAGUAAUGGCAGACAACGUGAACAGUUUGUACACAAUAUCACGAGAGUAUUCGAACCACAAUCUCUCCCUGAAUCGUUACCACGUGUAGAGCACAGUAUAUGGACUUGGGUUUUACUCCCUGAACGCGGGGAAAAAAUUCCUUUUGGCAUUGUAGAACUGGACACAUUUUUAAAACGCGUUUCCGAAAAACUGGGUACAAAAGCCGUCAAGGAGUUGGUGCUCCAUGAAUUCAGAAAUCAACCAUUCAUAUAUUUUUUUGUGGAAGGAGAGUACAGGGGUGUAGCUCAUGUGAUGCUCGCCCAUUUGGAUGCAAUUGAUCGCACACAGAUUUGUAGUCAAAUCGAUGAAUUUUUGCGACGAUAAUUCGACUUCAGAUGAUAAUUGGCCUUCAGAUGAUGACUCUUGAACGUACGAAACUGGAAUCUUUUGUUGCAAUCUCGUCCGUUUCCAAGACGGGAUGACUCACGCUACCAACAGUUUUUUUUCAUUCUGUUUUUUUUUUGCGUCAUGGCCGAAGGGGAAUUUAGGCGACCUUUAACUUUUCAAUAAUGACAACAACUACAUAAGGUCUGUAAACACGUUUUGGAGAAAACUCUGCGUUCAAAUUGGUGGCGGAAGUAAAGACAAACGAUGUGGGAAGAAGAAAAUUGCACGAUGACGUACAAGUAGAAUGUAUUGCUGUAAUAAUGGAUGUCUAAAUACAAGAUAAAUUGACGCAUUCGAGUCCUCAUACAAACAUUCAUUUUACUACUCAUCAUUACGGUUCUCGUGAUAAACAGAAGAGCCAAUCACGAACUAGCAGUCAGCCAUCACGAAUGUUUCCUAUUCCCCCUUUUUCCCACUCGUCUGACGGACUGAUCGUAAAUCGAGAAUAGCCUGCGGUCGACGACAAGGUCACGCUGAAAGCAAAACAAUUCGCCCUUGCCUGCCAAUGUAAACA